UUUCGCCCGCAGGCACACUCAUAAACAAACAGCGUUUCCCUUUUCCUCACACAAUGUAUUCAACAUUUAUCAAGCUGUUUGAGAGGAAAAGUGAGCGGUUCGUAUUUGUAAUGCCCGGAAGAUUUUAGUGUCGUAUUUUCCCGGCACAGUGUAAGGUAUUUACUUCGUCGGCCAAAGUUUGCUUCUCCCGCUCACACCUUGGGAACUUGAAAGAUGCUGGGAGAUGCUAGCAGCAGGGUAGCUGGGCAGUGAUGUAGCCAUUCAGCCUCCCAGGCUGUCCCUAAAAACUACCGAAUAAGCAGAACUUUGAGUCAACACUCGCAAUGAUGGACGAGGACACACCCACACUGAAGCCCCGACGGAUCCAGAAUCAGAAUGUGGUGCAUCGUCUUGAGACACGAAGGAUCUGUUCAGGCCGUCCAGGAGCUCACUGGUACAGAGUACGCUGUUUCCACCAGAACCUGUUCCCCAACUUUACUGUGGUCAACGUGGAGAAGCCUCCCUGCUUCCUGAGGAAGUUCUCACCUGAUGGCCGUUGCUUCAUUGCCUUCUCGUCUGACCAGACAUCUCUAGAGAUUUAUGAAUACCAAGGAUGCCAAGCAGCUCAGGACCUGCUAAGGGGCCAAGAGGGUGAGACCCUUCUAACAGCCAAUGACCAGCGCUCCCUCAACAUUCGAGGUCGCCUGUUUGAACGUUUUUUUUCCUUGCUCCACGUCACUAAUGUGGCAUCCAAUGGAGAACACCUCAACCGGGAGUGUAGCCUCUUUACCGACGACUGCCGCUAUGUCAUCGUUGGCUCAGCUGUGUACGUGCCUGAGGAGCCGCCUCCAUACUUCUUUGAGGUGUAUCGCAACAAUGAGUCAGUGACUCCAAAUCCUCGGUCUCCUUUAGAGGACUACUCCCUCCACAUUAUUGACCUCCACACUGGCAGGCUGUGUGACACCAGGUCCUUCAAAUGUGACAAGAUCAUCUUGUCCCACAACCAGGGGCUCUACCUCUACAGAAACAUCCUAGCUGUGUUGUCAGUCCAGCAGCAAACCAUACAUGUCUUUCAGGUAACUGCAGAUGGAACAUUUCUGGAUGUACGGACCAUAGGGCGCUUCUGUUAUGAGGAUGACCUCCUGACUCUUUCGGCCGUUUACACAGAGGCCCAGGCUGAAAGCCAGCUGGGCUUCCCACGCCUCUACACAGAAAAAACCAUCAACUCUCUUAAGCACAGACUACUGGUCUACCUUUGGAGGAGGGCUGAGCAGGAUGGCAGUGCUACUGCCAAGAGGAGAUUUUUUCAGUUUUUCGAUCAGCUGAGGCGACUGAGGAUGUGGAAGAUGCAGUUGCUGGAUGAGGAUCACCUCUUCAUUAAAUACACAAGUGAAGACGUGGUUACACUCAGGGUCACCGACCCCUCACAGCCGUCCUUCUUUGUUGUUUACAACAUGGUGUCUACAGAGGUGCUGGCCGUCUUUGAGAACACCUCCGAUCAGCUGCUGGAGCUGUUUGAGAAUUUCUGCGACCUGUUCAGAAAUGCCACGCUGCACAGCCAGGCUGUCCAGUUUCCCUGCUCAGCCUCCUCCAAUAACUACGCUCGGCAGGUCCAAAGAAGAUUCAAGGACACAAUCGUGAAUGCCAAAUAUGGGGGCCAUACAGAGGCGGUGCGCCGGCUUCUGGGUCAGCUACCCAUCAGUGCGCAGUCCUACAGCAGCAGCCCUUACCUGGACCUGUCCCUCUUCAGCUAUGAUGACAAGUGGGUGUCUGUGAUGGAGAGACCCAAGACCUGCGGCGACCAUCCAAUUCGGUUUUAUGCACGUGACUCCGGCCUGCUGAAGUUUAAGAUCCAGGCGGGCCUGUUGGGUCGACCGGUAAACCAUGCUGUAAGGCGCCUCGUCGCCUUCACCUUCCAUCCCUUUGAGCCCUUCGCCAUUUCUGUCCAGCGCACAAAUGCUGAGUAUGUAGUCAACUUCCACAUGAGGCACGUGUGUGCGUGAGGACUGGAGACUUAGACCAUCGCUUUUCACGACACACAAACCAAAUUAGGAGUACUCUUACUUCAGCAUUCGCUUCACCUCUGCUCCCCCUCAGAGUUAAAAUGGUAAUUGUGCUUUUUCUUGGUGGUCUGCACCACUUUGCUGCCUCUUUUGCCAUACAACAAAGAGGAGAGGCGAGAGUAAGUGCUGAUGGACAUGCCGUAUGCAGAAAGUGCUUCUGAGCAGUAGUUAUCAGGAUCGUGCAUCCAAACGUGGGAGAAAAGACAUUUUAAAAUGAAUAAUUUGUCAUUUUUACUUAUGUUUUUAUGUAUUAUUGAUUGUAUAUAUUUUAUGAUAAUAAAAUUAUCACUUUUUCCAUAUGUAGUGUGCGGUCUGCUAGGUCCCCUACCCCCAACCCCCAGUUUGAACUACUGACCUUUGGACUAAUCUCUCCAGUACAGUGUGGUUGUUUGCUUGUGUGUUUGUUGCCCAUAUGACUCCUUAUUCUGGCCAACAAUGUGUAGAUGUUUUGGUAUGCAUCAGUGGCAUCAUUAGGCCUAUUUUAAAGGGCUGAAGCUUCACUUAAAUAUUCAUGAGCUCUCCUAGUUUUGUUUGAUUUUAAUUUUUGAACAAAAAAAAGUACCGACAAAUUCAAAAGACAGGUCAGGAAACUUAAAUAAUAAUAAUAAUAAUAAUAAAUACUGCGAUUUGCUGGCGACCAGUCCAGGGUGUACUCCGCCUGUCGCCCGAAGUCAGCUGGGAUAGACUCCAGCAUACCCCCGCAACCCUAAUGAGGAAAAGCGGCAUAGAAAAUGGAUGGAUGGAUAAUAAUAACUAAUCAUAUAACUUGUCGUUAUUCACUUAAAUAUGAUCACAACUCCCUUCAUUUCAUAGUGUAAGGUAGAGAGAGCCUGUUUUGUGCGGCAUCUCCACUACAUUCCACUUAUUCAUUUAGAGAAGUCCUACAUCACUGAAAAUCGCUGCGUGUUGUGUUUGCGGUCAUACGUUCGCUCAUAUCCUGUGCAUCUCCUGAGGGCUAAAACUCCCGUGUCCUUAAAACGUAGUGACGUCUCUGGUACCAGUGUGUUUUCUACAGUUCAGCCUUGGUGGAGUGAAUAGCUGAUAGUAUAUACAGAAUAUAAUGUGGCACAAGACUUUUGUAUAUAUGGCGGUCAGGCAGCCAUUAGGCAAAUGCUCUGAAUGAUAAGCAUUUAACAGUCACACACAUGCAAAUUAUCUUGUACACCCCCCCGCCCCCCUUAACCUCUGACAAUCGGGCAGAUCUGAGCAAGGUUGCUAAUACAUAACGCAUGUGUCAUAAACAGACAUGAAGGCACACGUCCAACAGCUGCAAGGGGUCAUGCUGGUAUGAGGAGCAGGUGCUGAGGGAUUAAGUGUACUUCUAGCCUCUGGUUACAAACCAUGAUGAACCUGUGUGUGCGUGUGUGUGUGUGUGUGUGUGUGUGAGCCCGAGAGACUGCCCCACUGUGCUUUAAGGCUAAAAGCAAAUAAGGCAUUCACAGAUGAAAGCAGAUGAAGAAAAUGUCAAAACUGGUUGUACGAGAGGAAAGCAGCAGGCUUUGUGAGCUUUGAUAGCCACUGGCUUUAUGUUGUGGUUUCCUGCUAAAGAUGUGAAACACAAGAAAUGAUUUACUGUGAUUAAGGGGACGAUGUUAUGUCAUUGUCAUUGUAAUGUGUUUGUGUAAGCUGAUGUGUGACAGCGUGCUGUGAUAAUCAUCUAAUUACAGGAAGUGCACACAGCAGGCCCAGAUUGAGGACGCAUUGUUUAGUCUGUGCCGAAAGAUUGCAGGAGAAAACGUGAAUGUUUCUUUGUUGCAGUGUUGCCGUUUGGGCCGUGUUCACACAAGCGACUAACGCGCAUCUUCGACUAAAUUUGCACGAGUAAUUCAAAGCCAUAAUGCUGUUUUUGUCUUAACUGCAACGGAAUCGAAUAUCACACGGCAGAAGCGUCCUAAUUCAAAUCCAAAUCCAUUGUACCAGUCGUCCUCUUAAGAAACAGGUAAACCCAUAGCUUUCGCUUUCACCUUGGUUGCUAUGGUUGCCUGGUCUUUUCUAAUUGCUGUUGUCUUGGCAACAGCACAACCAAUGUAAUCCAGAAAAGGCCACAAUCCUAAAUGUUUCUACUUCCUCCCCUUCUCCAAGCGGUCUCCAAGCACAUGGAGGCUCAUUAAGCAGUAACCUUCAAAUAAAUAUGAUCUUUACAAUUUGUUGUACAGUGAUGUUUUUCUUUCAAACAGUUUGAGUUUGUUACAAACUAUGAAAGGAAGGUUUUCAAUUGUAGGCUAUUGGCUUAACAUUAGUUUAAAAAAAAAUAUGACUCAUAACAAGAUAAAGCUAUUUCCUAUUGGACUAGUUGCCACUGUACACGCAUGAGUAACAGAAGGAGCUUGUUAAGUACGCUUGGUACAGAUUCAACGGAGCAUAUGGAAGUGGUUCUAAACGCUGCGGUGCUCAUCUGGCAUGAAUAUAUACUGGUUGAGCUAAAUCAAUGUUUGUCAAGCAGCAGAUGGGACGAAACGAGGUGUUACCUGUCCAUUAUUGAUGCUAUUUUUACUGAAAGUGCGAACGACCACCUGAUAGCUACGCCGCAAGGCGUGCGUUGGCUUUAAAUUUGUGGAAAAGUGCACGGCGCAUGCUGAAGCAAGAGAUAAUGAUAUGGAUUCAAGGUAGUGACUGAAAUAAAGGUCACGGCAGAUUUACCAGGGUGGAUUUUAUUAUCUCCCGCUCAGACACACCUAUCACCCUCACCCACCCACCCCUUAAUAUAUGAAGCCGACAGGUCCCUUGAUGCCUGAAAAGCCACAAUUCUAUUAGUCUAUAGAUAGCAGCCGUGUUUUCUUUUCUCUCCAGCGCAUUCCUUCCACACUGGGAUUAGCCAUCUAUUGAUUUGAUUGUUUAGUUUAUUAGAAAAAUAUGGUACGGCUGAGAUAACGGCUAUGUAACGUGAAAACAAAGACCUUUAUGUGGACCUUCCUCCAAACUACAAGAAAUAAACUCAUAUGAAACCAAGAUACAUCAUAAAAAUGUGGAAAUUGUGCUGGGUUUUUUUCCGUUUGAUUUAUUUGUCAUGCUGGAGGAACAAUUUGUGGUGCAGCUGAGCUUCGACUGAAUAUUAGACUUGUACAAGCGACAGAGAUCCAAAAUAAGAGAUGUACAAAAAAGAAAAAAAGACAAUGCUUAGUUUGGAUUGACACUGAGAGAGGUAUUCAUUUAACAAAGGCGUUUCUUGUAGUUGUUCACCUGGGUUGCACACAUCUCAGGAGGGAUUUCGAACCUUGAAGAUUUUGAGGCUGUCGCUUGGUAACUGGAUGCUUCUGCUCCUUGCACAAAUCUUCAGUAGUAUUAAAGUCCAGAGACCGGUUAGGCCACGCCAGGGUUUGAAUAUGCUGCUUCUUGAGACACUCCUUUGUUGUCUUGGCCAUGUGUUUCACGACCAAUGUUCGGUUAUCCUCCUUGAUUAUGCCCCACCAGCGGAAAUGUUGCUUGGAGAUCCAGAGCAAGGACGAGUGACUGUCGUAUUUCUUCCAUUUCCACAUCAGUGGUUGCGUCAUUAUUGGUCUCCUUCUCACCGUGCAUCUUACUGAUGGUCUUGUAGCCCAAUGCAGUCUGGUGCAUGUCUCCAAUCUUGUCCCUGAGGUCCUAUGACAGCUCUUUGGUCUUGCACAUGAUGGCGAAGAGGAGCAAACUGUUUCCGCGACAGGUGUCGUUUAUACAUAUACAGUAUGUUGAGCUUAUGAGUAAAGUCGUCCCUCGCCACUUUGCGGUUGGAAUUUCAAGUCUUAACUCUUCUAAAUAUAUUCAUUGCUAAAUCAUGCUGUUUUGUGGUUUAAUAAGGCCUGUGAGUAAAAAAAUAUGCAUAUUCAAGCAAAUUUUAUGUAUUUCUUACCUAAAUUAAGCAUUUUCAAGUAUAAAAAUGGUUAAAUUAACUGCAAUACAAAUGUAAGGCAUUCAGAAGACACAUUCAAAGAUGCUGUGAAUGAUAUGUAGUGUUCUACAAUGGUCACUAUUACUGAAAUGUUGGCUUGUAAUGCGAGUAUGAAUUAUCUCACAACAGGCAUAGGAACCUCUAAUGAAAACACGGGCUACUGUUACUGCAGGAGCCUACGUCAAGCUGAAACCCAACUCUGAACCUCCGAUAUCACUUCCUGUUUACCCGACACUCGGCUCCUCUAGGGAAAACAUUUAUAGCAACACACACAUGCACGAGUAUUAUUUAUUGUGUCUUAAAUUUAGCACUGUUAAUUUAUUAUUAUUAAAUUUAUUAUAGAGGCUCUAAUAAUGUAAAAAAACAUUUAGAAGGUCGUUAACAGGUCUUCUAUGCUCUAAACGAUGAAAAUAUUCUAUUUAUAAAUAAGGAAUCCUACUUCGGACAUUCACUCAUCACAGUCAUCACAGUCUAGAACCAAUGAAGCGCGAUAAACGUGGGAUUGCUGUACUUUCCUCAAGGGACAGCACUAAUUUGUGUGCCUCAUGAGCCCACUGACGGCCUGCGGUGGUCAGAAUGUUUGCUGUUUGGUGGGGGGGAUCAAAUAUUUACCGCACUUUACACAGUCAGAUUUUUGUUGCCAUUCUGUCACCCUCUGUUAAAAGAAAGGUACAUAUCAAUCCUGCAAUUGUUAUGUAUUCACAUAUAAAGCAGAGGCUGAAAUGUCUAUUUCUGUUAGUAUAGAAAGACAUGAAUACCUCUCUGACUGAGCGUUAUCUUGAAUAUGCUCGAUUUUUGAUACAGCUCUUUUGUUGAAUAAAAUACGUUUUGUGGCAGAUUUGUGAUUUUCCGAAUGACAAAAACUUAACUCUGAAAUGACUCUAUAUAAGCAAGCAGUUUCCCAUCGCAUUAGGAUACAUACAUAGUCCUAAUUCCCUCAAUUUGGGACAAACUGUUUCUUUUUUCAGAAAUGAUCACCUCAGAGGUAGCUCACCCUGUGUUGUACACGGGGAUGGUGUGAGGAUCUAAGCUAAAUCCCAGCCCUGCGUAUUUGUUCAUGACGUUAUGGAAGGGACAGACACAGAAUCCACUUAUAUUAGAUCAGAUGGGUCCAUUUUUUUCCCUCAUCUGCCCCUUGUGGUUUCCAGCCAUGCCGUGUUUUGCACUGAUUUUGUAUAUCUGAAUUGAAUUUACUUUGUUCUCCUCCAAUCUCAGCAGCACCUUGUUUGUUUUGUACCCCACCUCUCGCCCCGUCAGCUGGGGUAGGCUUCGCUUCGACUUCCCUGUUUGGGAAGUUUAACUGUACGUGUAUGAUGGCGUAUUGCUGCACUGAAAAAAAAUCAUCAGAGAUUUUGAGAAUUAAGUCGUAAAUUUACAAUUAAAAAGUUGUCAAUUAUGCGACAAAAGGACGUAAUAUUACGAUAAUAAAGUCGUAAAUUUACGUGAAUAAAGUGGGAAUAUCACGUGUCAGAGGGAAAAUAGAGCAUAGAUCUUCAGGAAGGAAGGAAACUUUCCACUUGCUUUUAUUUAUAAGGGGGCAGCAAAACACAGCAGUGGAGCACAAACACAUGUUUAGCCUUUCUCACUUCCGCCGUGCUUAUCCAGCCCCCUCCACAAGCCCAGAGCCAAAGGUCACAUAAGUCCCCCCUUUUCAUAGCUGUCUCAGGCAAUGCCUGUCACAUAAAGUUAUGUUUUUUUCCUUGCAAAUGUACAACUUUAUUCUUAUACUUGUUUUUUCUCGAAAAUGUACACCUUUAUUGUCGUAAAUUUACAACUUAAUUGUGGAAAUCCAUCCAUUUUUUUUAUGCCGCUUAUCCUCACUAGGGUCGCGGGGGCAUGCUGGAGCCUAUCCCAGCUGACUUCGGGCAAGAGGCGGGGUACACCCAGCCAAUGGCAGGUCACAUAUAGACAAACAACCAUUCACACUCACAUUCAUACCUGUGGACAAUUUAGAUGCAUGCAUGUAUUUGGAAACCCCUCCCCCCCCACACACACACACACGGUGAUAACAUGCAGACUCCACCCAGAGAUGCCCAACGGAGAUUCGAACCUGGUCCCCUGACUGUGUGGCCAACAUGCUAACCACUCGGCCACCCUGUUUUAGAUUAUUUAAUCUGUCAACAGCUAUGAAAAGGGGGACUUAUGUGACCUUUGGCCUUGGGCAAAGGUAAUAUCCCGACUUUUUUUCUUGUAAUUUUUUCGUACUUUUUUCUCGUAAAUUUACGACUAUACAACUUUAUUCUGGAAUUUUUUUUCAAUGUGGCCCUAACACUUUGUCAUAUUACGUGCACCCUUUUAAACUGAAAAAGGCGAAAGCUGUUUUGUUUUUUGUAUUAUUAUUAUAAUACAAAAUUAUAAGAUUAUUAGAUUGCCACCAAUUUCCUUAAUUUUGGGGGCUCAAUGAUUGGCCGAUCAUUACUGAUCCUAUCCACUGAUCAUAUCUACCUCCGCCAAGGUCGCAAAGUCAGCCACCGUCCCCUUUUGCUCUGCUAGACUGACAGCUAGCAAUCAAGCUAAGGCUAAAGUUAAAGCCAGCCAAAGCAAAGAGCCAGGCAGUGUCCCGCUGGUAGCGCUCAUGAGCAGAGAAAAGAGAAAAGCUACUAGUAGGAAAACGAUGGACUUCAUUUUCGGUCGCUGUACACUUUAUUGUUGAUAACUCAAAUCAGGUCUGCAGUGGAACUUGUUGUGCAAGUUCUGUUUGUUUAUAAAAUGUGAAAAAUAAAACACUAAAGGAAUUGAUAUAAUUUUGUAUAGUUUUCAUUCUAUUUGAAAGAACUACCUCAUGUGCAGCUUGUAUUGUUUCACAGGUAUCGUUCAAUGUAUUUCAACAAAAUAAAAUUCUAAUUAUAAUGUCAACAAAUGGUAUUCAGAAGCAGUCCAC